GGGAUAUCCUGUCAACAUCUUGUCAUAUUGAUCUCUCUUUUUCCGACAUCAGUUGUAGAUCAAGAUGGGUGAAAAUAGUGGAUUAGUUCGUAUAAUAAUCUUUGGUGUGAUUGGUUUACUCGUAGCUGCAGCUUUCAUAGGUAUAGUUCUAGUAGCUGUAUCAUUGAAAAAACUGGCGUCUGAGGAAAUCGGUGUAAAGUACGAUACACUGAAGAAAAAGUUACAUGAUAGCACUGACAGAGAAGGUUUACACUUGGGGCCUCCUGGUUUCAAUUAUAUUAUCUUUCCCAGUGUUUACAAAUCAAUCACAUUCGACGACUUACAGUGUUACAACAAAGAUGGAAUUAAAAUAACCUUAGACGUUACGUACCAAUAUAAAGUCAGAUCGGCCAACUUGAAGAGAAUUAUUUUGGACUUCAGAAACCAAACUGGUUAUCUCAAAGUCCUUGAAUAUGCAGGAAGAUCCGCUUUACACGAAGCUUGUAGCUACUUCAACACAUCACAGUUCCAGGCCGAGCGGGCAUUAUUCCAGGAAAAAGUCAGAGAACAAAUAAUAAAGAGAUAUAAAGACCUUCAGGCUGACAUCACUGACCUUCAGGUGAGCAACAUAGCGAGACCAUCCGAAUAUGAGAGUGCCAUUAGAAGCAAGGAAAGAGCUAGAGAAGAUAUUCAAGUCGCUUACAAUGAACGCCCACGACUUCUAACAGAGGCACAGACAAAGAAACGUGAGGCUGAAACACAAGCCAAGAUUAUUGUGGAUAAAGCGGAAUCGGAUGCUCGUAUUUUAUCCAACAAAGCACAGACUGAAGCUCAGGCCAUAAUUGCCCAAUAUGAGAAAGAGUCUGAGUCCUACAAGAAGAUCGUUGAUGCUAUGGGACUUAAUUUCACCAUCGAUGGGUUCAUUUCAUAUCUUGGUGUACGAGUUAUCGCUGAUGCGAAGAACGCUGUCUAUAUUGGAUUGGACAGCCCAGCAAAAACUGUAUACCCAUAAAUGCUUAUACUCUGUACAUACUUACAGCUGACACAUUUAAUCAAUAGAUUUUUGCGUAGGCCCAGUUGUUUAGUGGUCAAUCUAUUGUAUUCCCAGUAAGCGGGAAAUUGAGCCCGGAGGGUGUGUGUGUUGAUAUAUU